CAGCGAAAACCCUUGACAGAAGACACAAAGAAAAGGAAAAGAGCUUCAGACCGAGCGAGGGGGGAGUUCCGUAGAGAAAAAGCAUCAGGCUUGCCUGGUGUCCCUUUAAUUAUGGCGAGUGUUCACCUGUGGUCUACCUCACUUAAAAGUUUGCCGAAAUUUGGGCAAGAAGACGUCGUGCGGCUUGUGAAUGAACAUUCACAAGUGAAAACGUCAAAAUUGAAUAAAGGCUAUAAGUUGUUUUUUGAACAAUACAUCAUCAAUUAUAAAGUGUCAGAUUUAGUCAAUGAGGAGGUGGUAGUACAAGCGAACUGCUACCGGUCUAUGAGAAAGAGCGAGGAACCGCAUACACUUCAGGUGGCACUACAUGCUGUUGGGACACCGGUGGUAUUGAGAGGCUUCUCCUGUUCAUGUGUUGCUGGCCAGGCUUUAUGUAACCAUGUGGUUGCACUGCUUUUUCAAACUGCCCAUUACAGCACCAUGGGGUUCAAAACUGUGCCACCACCACUUUCAUGCACUAGUAUGCUUCAGACCUGGCACAGACCCAGAACACAGGGGAUUUGUCCAGAGCCUACCGAUGAACUUGUGGUGCGAAAGCCAAAGCCAAGGGCACCAGGACGAAGCAGUGUGAAAUCUACACUUUAUCCAGCUUACCCAGGACCCCUUCCUGAUCCAGCAGUCCUGUCCAUUGGAGAACAGUUACGAGAGAUCCAACCACAGCCGGGAAUUUGUAAGAUCUUAUGUGGCCUCUCCUGCAUGACAUUUGUGGACUCUAAAUUUGGGCCAGUCCCUAAAGGUUCAGUUCUAUCUUAUCAGUGCCCAGUACAAACAAAUGAAGUGAUUAAGCAUCCCACAUUUCCACAACUUCCAUUGAUUAGCUCUAAAUUAGAACGCCAUCUGCAAUUUGUUCCCACUUAUGAACAGUUUUAUCAUCUAGAGAGUUUAGAGGUCACUCGUGAAUUGGCAUGUGUCAUUGAGGAGAAAACAAGGGGGCAGUCACAAAGUCCUCUGUGGAAGGAAGUUCGGCAGCCCCGCUUAACGGCAAGCAGAUUUGGGGAAGCAUGCAGUGUUAAAGGGGAGGCAUCCAGUCAGGCUUUAGCAAUCAGGAUUCUGAGGGGGGUACGGCAAACACUGCACAUGAAGAGGGGCAUUGACCUUGAGCCAGAGGUGUUGUUACAGUACAGUGACCAAUGCAAUGUUAAUGUGUAUCCCUCUGGUUUUGUUUUACACACUGAUGCGCCAUAUCUUGGUGCCAGCCCUGAUGCCAAGGUGUAUGACCCAGCAGCAAAUCCCCCUUUUGGGCUAGCUGAAGUCAAAUGCCCAAAUGUUGACAGUGUCACAGAUGUUGCACAUCUUAGAUUCAUUGGUGGUCAGGCUAAACUGAGAAGAAAUCACAAAUACUUCUGGCAAGUCCAGGGUCAGCUAGCCAUAACUGGCUUGUCAUGGUGCGAUUUCAUUACAUCCACAAAAACUGACCUCACAGUGGAGCGAAUUUGGCUUGAUGAGACACUGAUCAUGGAGAUGAAGAAUAAACUUGACCUGUUGUUUUUCAACACAUACAUGGAAACCUAUCUGAAAAUGAAAUCCACAUAGAGUUCACAUACCCACCCCCACCCACUCACCCCCUCUCUAGACAUAGGCACAUCAAGACACUCCGCUGUUUAAAGUAUUUAUUAUAUCUGUUUUAUUUUUUAUUAUAAGGGACGUGUUCACCAUGAACAUGCUGGUGGUUUCCCCACUCCCACCCCCAAACAGGGGAACAUGUUGUUAUAUCUAAAAAUACACAAUAUUAUAUCAUUUCAAUUUUACAAUAAUAUAGUAUAAAUAUAGCUGCAAGCAGCAAUGAGGGG